UUGGCACCAGGGAUGAAAAGGAUGCGAAAUUCCCGAUUCGAAAGUCAGUUGCUGAUGGCAGCAUCACGAACAAAAUAAUACCGCCCCACUCCCAGAAAACCUUCACUCUCAUUGACGACGGAAAAAUUCAGUUAUUGAGUGGGGUUUACUUUUAUUACAUAACUGAUCGGAAUUCAGAUCUGAGGAAGGGAUUCCGAGAUCAAGCGUCAUAGCAAAAUUUAUACAGUAAAUCAAUUUGAUUUGAAGUACCAUUGCUAUUAAGAUUGAGGGGGAAGGGGUUGUUUGGUUGAUGGAAAAUGGAGUACUUGGACAACUUGCCGCCUAUGGAUCUGAUGCGGUCCGAGAAGAUGACCUUUGUUCAGCUCAUCAUCCCCGUUGAGUCCGCUCACCGCGCCAUCUCUUACCUCGGCCAACUCGGCCUUCUUCAGUUCCGCGACUUAAAUGAUGAAAAGAGCCCUUUUCAACGAACAUUUGUUAAUCAGGUGAAAAGAUGUGCGGAGAUGUCAAGAAAGCUGCGAUUUUUCAAAGAUCAGAUUCAUAAAGCUGGCCUGCUGCCAUCUCCACAUCCUGCUUCACAACCAGAUAUUGAAUUAGAAGAAUUGGAGAUGCAACUCGCAGAGCAUGAACAUGAGCUAAUUGAAAUGAAUAGCAACACUGAGAAAUUGCAGCAAACUUAUAAUGAGUUGCUAGAGUUCAAAAUGGUGUUGCAAAAGGCCAGUGACUUUCUUGUCUCAAGUAGGAGUAACUCAACUGUGCAAGAAAGAGAAAUGGUUGAGAAUGUUUAUUCGAAUGAUGAUUAUGCUGACACAGCUUCACUGCUUGAGCAGGAGAUGCAACCUGGUCCCUCAGUUCAAUCUGGCGUGCGAUUUGUUAGUGGUAUUAUUUGUAAAUCCAAAGUUCUCACAUUUGAGAGGAUGCUAUUUCGGGCUACGAGGGGCAAUAUGUUUUUCAAUCAGGCUGCUGCGGAUGAUCAAAUUUUGGAUCCUUCGUCAAAUGAAAUGGUUGAGAAAACAGUAUUUGUAGUGUUCUUCUCAGGCGAGCAAGCAAGAACAAAAAUAUUAAAAAUAUGUGAAGCAUUUGGGGCCAAUUGCUACCCUGUCCCAGAAGAUGUAACAAAAAGGAUGCAGAUAACACGAGAAGUUUCAUCUCGUCUAUCUGAAUUAGAAACCACCUUGGAUGCUGGAACACGUCAUCGGGACAAGGCUUUGACCUCAAUUGGUUUCCAGCUUGUGAAAUGGAUGAAUAUGGUUGGAAGGGAAAAAGCUGUGUAUGACACUUUAAAUAUGUUGAAUUUUGAUGUUACGAAGAAGUGUCUGGUUGGUGAAGGAUGGUGCCCAAUAUUUGCAAAGACAAAGAUACAAGAGGCUUUGCAACGAGCAACAUUUGACAGCAAUUCACAAGUUGGCAUUAUAUUUCAUGUGAUGGAUGCUGUGGAAUCACCUCCAACAUAUUUCAGAACCAAUCGUUUCACAAGUGCAUUUCAAGAAAUUGUUGAUGCAUACGGUGUUGCUAACUAUCAGGAGGCAAAUCCUGCUGUUUAUACUGUUGUUACAUUUCCUUUUCUUUUUGCUGUGAUGUUUGGUGAUUGGGGUCAUGGAAUAUGUUUGCUGUUGGGAGCAUUAGUUCUCAUAGCCCGUGAAAGAAAGCUAGGUACUCAGAAACUUGGUAGCUUUAUGGAGAUGCUGUUUGGUGGUCGCUAUGUCCUCCUGUUGAUGUCAAUAUUUUCUAUUUACUGUGGGUUGAUCUACAAUGAAUUUUUUUCUGUUCCUUUUCACAUUUUUGGGGAGUCUGCCUACAAAUGCCGAGAUUCUUCCUGCAGUGAUGCCCGUUCAAUAGGUUUAAUAAAAUCUCGGGAUCCUUAUCCAUUUGGAGUGGAUCCAAGCUGGAGAGGAAGUCGCACAGAACUGCCUUUCUUAAACUCUCUUAAGAUGAAGUUGUCAAUUUUGUUGGGUGUGGUCCAGAUGAAUCUAGGAAUUAUAUUAAGUUACUUCAAUGCACGCUUUUUUGGAAAUUCACUUGAUAUCAAGUACCAGUUUGUGCCACAGAUGAUCUUCCUUAAUUGCCUCUUUGGGUAUCUGUCUCUUCUGAUUGUUAUCAAAUGGUGCUCUGGUUCUCAAGCCGACCUCUAUCAUGUAAUGAUUUACAUGUUCUUGAGUCCUUUUGAGGAUCUUGGUGAGAACAAGUUGUUCUGGGGCCAGGGUGUACUUCAGGUCAUAUUAUUGCUUUGUGCUGUAGUUGCUGUUCCUUGGAUGCUGUUUCCCAAGCCUUUUAUUUUGAAAAGACUUCACACUGAGAGAUUUCAAGGUCGCACAUAUGGGUUACUUGGAACCUCUGAUAUGAAAAUUGAUGAUGAACCUGACUCCGCGAGGCAACACCAAGAAGAUUUUAAUUUUAGUGAGGAAUUCGUGCAUCAGAUGAUACACUCUAUUGAGUUUGUACUUGGUGCAGUUUCGAAUACGGCAUCAUACCUUAGGCUAUGGGCCCUGAGUUUGGCUCACUCCGAGUUGUCAACUGUUUUCUAUGAGAAAGUUCUGCUUCUUGCCUGGGGGUAUGAAAAUAUCAUCAUACGAUUGGUGGGACUAGCAGUUUUUGCUUUUGCUACAGCAUUUAUAUUGCUCAUGAUGGAGACCCUUAGUGCUUUCCUUCACGCUUUGCGUCUCCACUGGGUAGAAUUCCAGAACAAGUUUUAUCAUGGUGACGGGUAUAAGUUCAGGCCGUUCUCCUUUGCCUCGUUAACUGACGAUGACGACUAGGAUGUCAAUUUUGCACCAAUAUUUGUUGAAUGAUUUCGGAAAGAAGCAAUGCAAGGAAGAGUUGUGCCUUAAAUCUUACUUUACAAGCGUGGAUUAAUUGGGAUGGCUAGAACUACGCACUUCUUUGCUCUAACAUGAUGCUGCUUGGAUUAACCGAAAAUUGUAAAAUCUUGGUUCAGAACCUUUAGGCAUAAUUGGUGUAAAGGAGUCAGCUCAAGGUGCUAGUAAGGCUGUUGGGCUAAAGAUUUUGUAAUUUUGUCUUCGUAGAUUCUUUGCUCUUCUCUAGAUGUUCCAGAUAUAGAGAGAGGUGUUAGAAAUACCAAAGCUCGGAUCCUGUACACUGAAUAUCCAUGGUGAUAAUUCCUUGUGGAGGCAAAGAUCCAGAAUCUCCUUAUACAAUUACACACAAACAUAGAGAGAGAGAGAUUGUACCUGGUGCCGUGGAUUUUUGCAGGCCACCCUCUUUGAUUCUUUUUGUAAUGAUGUGGCAUAUUCUUACGGCACUUGAAAAAGAUGCUCGUACUAUAGAAAGUUGGAUUGCACGUUCUUAAUGUUAGAUAGAUAUCCGUCACUCAUGCUUUGUACCAA